CAGUUCGCUCUCCCCCUCCACUCUCUGCCCGGUAGGCGGUAGCACGUAGCAGUAGCACUACUGGCAACCGUUAAGCCCCUCCCCCCGUUAACCAGCGCUCAAGUACAAGAACCACACCACACACACCGUCGGUGUGACACCACCAAGCCCGCUGUCCGCCCCCACGAGAACCCCCGAUCUUUUCCUUCCUCCCACAGUAGCAGCGGAGCAGUAGAGCCAUGGUGCUCUCGCGCGCGAUCUCCAGCGCGGGCGACUCCGUCGCCUGCACCUUCGCCUCGCGCUACGUCCGCGAGGAGCUCCCGCGGUACCGGAUGCCGGAGCAGUCGAUCCCAAAGGAGGCGGCGUACCAGAUCAUCACGGACGAGUUGAUGCUGGACGGGAACCCGCGCCUGAACCUCGCCUCCUUCGUCACCACGUGGAUGGAGCCAGAGUGCGCCAAGCUCAUGAUGGACUCCGUCAACAAGAAUUACGUCGACAUGGACGAGUACCCCGUCACCACCGAGCUCCAGAACCGUUGUGUAAAUAUGAUCGCUCACCUGUUCAAUGCGCCCAUCAAGGAGGAUGAGACAGCUAUUGGAGUUUCAACAGUGGGAUCCUCCGAAGCAAUUAUGCUUGCAGGUUUGGCAUUCAAGAGGAAGUGGCAAAAUAAGAGGAAGGAGCAGGGGAAGCCAUGUGACAAACCUAACAUUGUUACCGGUGCGAAUGUUCAGGUUUGCUGGGAAAAAUUUGCAAGAUAUUUUGAAGUAGAAUUGAAGGAGGUCAAGUUAACUGAAGGAUACUAUGUCAUGGAUCCUUUGAAGGCUGUUGAAAUGGUGGAUGAAAAUACUAUCUGUGUUGCAGCCAUCUUGGGAUCUACUCUAACUGGAGAGUACGAAGAUGUUAAAUUAUUGAAUGACCUUCUUGUGGAGAAGAACAAGGAAACUGGGUGGAAUGUGCCGAUACAUGUUGAUGCGGCAAGUGGAGGAUUUAUAGCCCCUUUUCUUCAGCCUGAGCUUGAAUGGGACUUCAGGCUACCAUUGGUGAAGAGCAUCAAUGUUAGUGGGCACAAGUAUGGCCUUGUUUACCCUGGUGUUGGUUGGGUCAUUUGGCGGAGCAAAGACGAUUUGCCUGACGAACUCAUUUUCCACAUAAACUAUCUAGGGACAGAUCAGCCCACAUUCACACUGAACUUCUCCAAAGGUGCUAGUCAGAUAAUUGCACAAUACUACCAACUGAUACGUCUAGGCUUCGAGGGAUACAAGCACAUCAUGGAAAACUGCAAGGGGAAUGCAGCCAUACUGAGGGAGGGAAUAGAGGCGACAGGAAGGUUCAAAGUCCUCUCCAAAGAGGACGGCGUACCUCUGCUAGCUAUCUCGCUCAAAGACAGCACUGGAUUCACCGUGUUCGACAUCUCCGAGAACCUGAGGAGGUUCGGCUGGAUCGUGCCGGCCUACACCAUGCCUGCGGACGCGGAGCACGUGGCCGUCCUCCGCGUCGUCAUCAGGGAGGAUUUCAGCCGGAGCCUUGCCCAGCGGCUCAUCGCAGACAUCAACAAGGUCCUACGCGAGCUGGACGCGCACGCGGUCCACGCCGUGAAGAUCACCACUGCGGUUGCUACGCAAGCCAGCGAGGGCAUGGAUGAUGGCGUGGUGACGAAGAAGAGCGUCCUGGACACCGAGAAGGAGUUCGCCUCGGCCUGUAUGGACCUGCUUAAGAACAAGAAGACAGGGGUCUGCUGAAGAUCACGCUGGGACGUACGCCUCGUUUCGCCUAUGUAUCUAUAAUUAUUCUGGAGCGUGUAUGAACUGCGAAGGCAUGCCUCCUUAAUCUGUACUUACAUUCAGAACCUGCGGAGAGUUGAGACCAUGCAUUUGCUGUACCCUUAGGCUGUGUUUGGAUUCUGGAAUACAGUGGAAUGUAAUGGAACCGAUCCUCGUUUUGCCUUCA